AUGUUGGCCAAGAGAAACUGUGUUCAAAUCCUCUCUGAGAGGCCAGAACCCGACAUUCAAAUUCCAAAGGGGGUUGGAAGCCCUGGGGAACUACAAGAGCAGGUGAUCUGUCUAGAGCCAGGAGCCUCUGCUUGGAAGCUUGUCCAGGAAAAAAUCCAGGAACUAUCAGACUUGGAUAAGAGAGAUGCCUUCAUGGUGGCUGACCUGGGGGUUCCGGCUGAGCAGCACCAGAUAUUCCUGCAGACCCUGCCUCGUGUGACUCCCUUCUUUGCUGAGUGCAACAAUAGCCACAGCGUGUUGCAGGUGCUGGCUAACCUGGACACUGGCUUUGACUGUGCAAGUCGGGGGGAGCUGGAGCAGGUUCUGAGCAUGGGAGUUGCCCCCAUCUGCAUCACCUAUGCCAAUAUUUGUAAGCAGAUCUCUCACUUCCAAUAUGCUGCCAGUUGUGGGGUCCAUCUGUUGACUUUUGACUGUGGGGAGGAGCUUGGCAAGGUUGCCAAGUUUCACCCCGCUGCCAGGUUGUUCCUUAGAGUCUGGACCCAGGACAAUGAGAGCCUGUUUCCCCUGAGUGCCAAGUUUGGGGCUCCCCUAGACCACUGUGCUCAUCUGCUGAGCAUUGCCAAGGACAUGGGAGUGACUGUUGUUGGAAUCUGUUCCCAUGUGGGUUCUGGCUGCCAGAGACCUCAGAGCUUCAACCAGGUUAUUGCAGAUUCCAGGCACAUGUUUGACCUGGGCCUCCAGAUUGGACACUCAAUGAGCCUACUGGAUAUCGGAGGGGGCUUCCCAAGCAAGAAGAACUUUAUGCUUACAUUUGAAGAGAGCAUUCUCUUUGCUAUGACGGCUGCUGUGAUCAGUAGAGUCUUGGACCAGUAUUUCCCAGAAGUCAGUGGAGUGGAGAUCAUAGCCGAACCUGGCCACUUCUAUGGCACUAAAGUGUGCAUUGCUGCCCUCAACAUCAUUGGCAAGAAGGAAGUAGUGGAACAAGGUGGCUGAAGACUGAUGUACUACGUCAAUGAUGGUUUUUACACCUCUUUUGCUUUUCUGUGGAGGGAGAAAGAAACAAAGAUACAUCAUGUGGUGAAGAAAUUCAAUUGCAAGCCACUUCUUUACCCCUCCACACUAUGGGGUCCCUCAUGUGAUGCCUUUGACUGUCUGGGUCCAGCAGACAUCUUGCUGCCUGAGCUUCAUGUGGGUGACUGGCUGGUCUUUGAAGACAUGGGGGCUUACACCCACACCCUAAGUUCCAAUUUUAAUGGUUUUGCAUGGCCUGAGAUGACUUUCACCAUUCCUUUUGAGCUACAGAGAGUAGGAGUGCAGGACUGGGAAUGGGGAUCUGAAGAGAUUGGCCUCCAGCUACCCCUUCCCUUGGCCCUGGGCCCUUUCAAGAGGGAAAGUUGA